AGUCAGUUUGAUUUUAGUUCGAAAGAAUAUGGCCGUGUUAGGGCCUUGUGUGAAUGUAAAUAUGAACGGUCAAAGUAAUAUUCAUAGUCAGUUAACAAAAUCAUUAGAGAGAAUUCUUGAGGAUGCAUAUUUAAGUGGCGAAUUAAAACUAAGUGGACGUAAGCUGAGAGAAUUUCCAAAGCCAGUGAAGUUUGACUUGAGUGAUACAGUUGUUGCUGAUUUAUCGAAAAAUCGCUUCUGUGAAGUGCCCGAGGAAGUGACGACGUACAUUUUUUUAGAAAAGUUGUUGUUAUCGCAAAAUAUACUAAGGAAUCUACCUGAUGCGGUGGGCGGUCUACAGUCUCUCACAUUCUUGGAUCUAAGUUCAAAUCAGCUUACUGAGCUGCCUCGAGAAAUAUGUCAAAUGCCGCUGCAAGUUCUACUAGUGCCAGACAACCUCCUAACAACAUUGCCAAAGGAAAUCGGGAAGAUGACGACCCUAGCGGAGUUGGUGGCGUCGAACAACAGGCUGACGCAAGUGCCGAUGACGCUGGGCGACUGCGCUGGCUUGCGGGCGUUGGAUCUUAGCAAUAAUCAACUAGGAUUGUUACCUUUACAGGUGACAUACCUUCGACUGGAACACCUGGACGUCAGCUGCAACUGUAUUUCCUCCCUGCCUCUGGAACUGCGCAACAUGAGCACCCUAAUCACGCUGAACCUGGACAAUAACCCUCUUGUUUCCCCUCCUACAACGGUGUGUAUGCGCGGGCGCGUACACAUAUUCAAAUACUUAGAAAACAUGGCAAACAAGGACACCCCCGCACACCGCCGCGUCGAAGACACCCGUCGAACCGCCAAACAUACCUCCUACCUUAACAGUCCGACAACAAACCAAAUAACGUCAGGCAACGCCACGAUAGACUGUCUCAGGCAUAAGCCGAGACAUGUCGUGGAUAGCGGGUACAGCACUGAUGGUAUGGAAAAGAGAUGGUCUAAUGAUGGCGGAGGCGAAGCUGGCGGAGGGUCCGGUCGUUCUACGCCCAGCACCCCAUCCACCCUGUCUCCCGGCGCGGCGUUAUCGCGGGCACAGUCACUGUCCAGCGAAUCCCCUUUACCACAAUUGACUCCGCUUCUCACCGGCCUCCGUAUAUCACCCGAAGGGAACAUUUCCAAUGGCGACGAUAAGAGUAAAUUAGCCCAUCAGCAAACCUACAGGCAAUACAAAGAAGCUUUAAGACAACAACGCCAGCAAGACAUCUACCGCCCACGCACCGACCAAUCAUCGCCCGACCUCGACUCCUCCCCCCACCAAAGUCCCGUCCACAACCCCCACUCUCCCGUCAACGGCCACAGUAAUGUAUCCCCCAUAUAUCGUUCCACUAGCAUAUCACCAAAUUCCUCCCAAGUGCCAAACUCACCCCUCCUACACUCAACACCUAGAAGAUUCCAAAAUCAAAAUGGAAACUCGGAGAAAGAAGAGAAUAAGCGGCCAGUACAGAAAGUUGUGCCUUCGAGGAAUGUAAAUAAGAUAUAUUCUGCGGUGAACGGGAACGUGGAGUAUGGGAGAACGAACGGACACGAUACGUAUACAAAACCUACAUCGCCUACUAAGUCUCCGACGAAUACUUUAGGUUAUAAUAGCAUAGGCACAAAAUCAAACAUCCCCCGACAAACCAACGGGGACCCAAAGCUACUUACAACGACGGUGUCAUACCUCAAAGGCGCCGCGCCCAAGCCCGCCGGCAAGGUCCCGUGGAGUAAGGACGACAAACUCAGUUUUACCAUGAAGAGAGAGUUCGAUAAGCAGAAGGAGGAAUCGGAUCUGCUAGCGCAGUUGAGGACGAUAAUCGAAAGCCGGUUAAAGAUGAGCUUACCGGAGCAGCUAGCGCCGGUGUUGGCCGACGGCGUGGUCCUGUGCCACCUCGCCAACCACGUGCGGCCGCGCUCCGUGGCCUCCGUACACGUGCCCUCUCCUGCACAGCCCAAAUUAACAAUGGCGAGAUGCAGGCGGAAUGUCGACAACUUCUUGGAAGCCUGCCGGAGGAUUGGGGUAGAAGAAGAAAACAUCUGCUCGCCCGAAGACAUUCUGGGCCCGGAGCGAGAGCGGGACGGCACCAUCGUACCUCUCGCUCGUACUGUAUGCGCCCUCCUCUCACACGCCACGCCGCGAAAGGAUAACCAAUCAGAACACUACCAUUACGACCAAUCGCAGGAGGAAUACGAGUAUUACCGAAGCGAUGUCGCGAACUCCAUUGAAGUGAACUAUUAUCAAAGAACCGUGGGCAGGUACGCUGAAGACAGAGUAGUGAGCAGUUUCAACACGUUUACUGAAUAUCAGAGCCAAAACUACACCAUCGACGAAGCUGACGAAUAUCAAAACUAUGAGAACAACAACACAGACGCACACUAUUCACCAGUCUACGAUGGCGUAAGGAACAGAGGACCUUACUACCACAAGAAUAGAGUUCAAUUCGUCACGCCAUUCUUCAAAGGAGACGGUCUUCUGAAAUCGGAUAACUUCGACAUAUACGACACGGAUGAAGUAGAUUUCCCGAUAGAAUUAAGUCCGGAGGAUGUAGAGAGAUACGACAGGGGUAAAAUGAAUUUAGAUAUACAGAACAAUUUGAACAGGGAUCUGACCAUAGAGACUGAAGCUAUGAAGAAGGAGAGGCUGUUUUUCACUUGUCUAUGCCUUGGCGCGUUUUUCGUGUCCGCCAUCUUGCUAUUUUUCUAUCCUUUAUAAUUUGAUGCAGUAAAAUUUUAAUCUGGGUAUGUACUGGUGGUAAAGUAAGGACGCUAAACACGAAAAACUUUGUACAUUGACCCGCCAUUUUUUAUCUCUAUCGCACGUAAUUAUACAUAUAGUUUGUCAAGGGACUGUCUCUUUUCGGGCGUAGACAGAGAGUCAUACUGUCUUUGUCUUGCACUGGUGCCGGCGCCCAGAAGAAGGGGAUGAGUGUAGUUUUUUUUUGUUCUUAUUUACUGACAAGAUUUGCUUGACCAACGAUAUAUGGGACCCAUUGCUUUAAAGCAAUACAAAAGUCAGAAAUGAUAGUCAAAGUCCGACAGUCGUACUUCACCCCCCAAUCGCUCCUAACAACAAUAAGUGAACGUGACGUCAAGGUCACUGAGAGCUCAUCUUGAAUGUAUGGAAAUUAAGUAAAAUUGCGAUUUUGUCGGUGAAAUAUUGCGUUUAUGCAUAUAGUUGCUACCUUUUUUUUGGAUAAAAUGCAAGAAAUCGAAUGUUAUCUUUACUUUAUUCCUUUUAGGAAGUUUAAAUUUUGAAAGUUUUAGAUCCAGUAUUUUUUUUAUUAUCAUUUUCAUAUAUUAUUUUUAUAUCCACAUUAUUGUGAUAAAUUACUCAUUUGCGAUCUAUUUUACUAGAUUUUGUUAUAAAAUUAAACAUGUGUCAUCAUCCCUAUUAUGGUAUUAUGCGCGUGCGAUAGCGAUAGGAAAUGGCGGGUCGAUUUACGAAAUUUUCGUACUUAUAGCGUCCUUACUUUAGGUAGAUGUUAAUAAAUGUUAGAUGAUGGAAAGUAUUAAGAUUUGUGAUUGUAUAUGGGGCAAAAUAGAUUGUUAAUCGUUAGGCAAAUGUAUGGCUUUUAGGCUUGGCAAUAUUACUAGUUAGAUAGUACCGUUUCAAAGAUAUAUUGCAAUGAAAGCAAUAUUUUGAAGUGUAUUAGGUGUUUGUUUUAACUUUAAACUGUAACUUGGAGCGGAUAGCAGCUGUAAUUAUAUUUAAAUCUUUAAACGAAAUUUAUACUUUAAUAUUGUAUUGUAAUAUGGUGCGGGUGUUGCACCAAACAUUUAAAACAUGGCAUAAAGAUUUUCUCGGCUUUUUGUGUAUUUCAAAUGAAUUUCAAUGUACUUCUGAGACUCAUAUCUGAUAUCUUUGAAAUGUUAGAAGUGGUCCAGUGAUUGACAAGUAGGUUAUGAACCUGCUGAAUGUAUUGUUAUAGGUUAGCAAUCGAUUUAGGCAUCAGUACAUGCCUAGGUAUAUUAAAAAUGCCUUAUCUGACACUGUGAUUUGAUUUCCAUUGAAUGAGGCUGGAUUUGAAAGAGGCUGAAGGAAUUUUCACUGUAUUAAGGAAUUUCUACACCUACAGGGGGGAACAACUUUUGAUGUAUUUUUUUGUAUUAAAAAUUCCAAUUUUAUGUAUUCAUUCCGCUGAAAAGGCAUUUAUUAUCUUUGCACUGAUUAGGUUUAAUUUUGAUUGGUUGUUUUUUUUAUUGGUGUGUUUUUUUUAAAUCUCGAAUGUAAUGGGAUAUUUUUUAAGGUGUUCUGGUAACGAUUUAAGUUAAUGUAUACUUAUUAUAUAAAACUAUGUUUUGCUAAUAUGUGUAUUGUAUAUCAAGAAACGUAUUAAAUUUCUAAGUUAGUAAGCUAACACUACGAAGAAUAUUUAGCGUAAGAUUUAAAAUUUCUUCGACUAAUAGAAUAGGGAAUAUUACGCAAAACUUUGCGUAGAGGGCGCUACUAGCACAAACUAAGGGCCUACCGCGACACACGAAAAUCGAAAUUAAGUUAUCUGCCUCUCUAUCACUCAUGCAUAUUCGAGCGAUAGAGAGGCAAAUAGCGAAAUUUACGAAAUUUCGAUUUUCGCGUUUUGCGGUAGACUCUGUAAACAAACCGCCUUGAUGCAUCAAUAUUCAUAGUCACAAUGAAAACUUAUAAGGCAUUGUAAUCAUGGUAUUCUAUGUAUAAGUUAAUCUAUGAUUUACAAUAUGUGCUAGUGUUGCACUCUGGCGGCAGAAUAUUGCAUUAAUAACCCCUAUUCGACCUUUCAUUCUCUUUGGUAAUAAAAUGUUAGAAUCCUCUAUCUAAUGUUAGCAAUUCACUUCAUCGCUGGUUUUCCCGUAGUAUGGCUACGUCACUUUCGUAUGCCAUAUUAGUAAGGGAUGCAACACCAAUAUUUGGACAAAUACGGCGAUGUGCGUUGCAGAUAUAAAACGUUAAAGUAGGGACGCUAACCACGAAUAAUUUCAUACAUUGACCCGCCUAAUCUUAUCUCUAUCGUACGCGCGUAAAUAUAUAGCUGUCCCGCGCAUGUUCCUGGUAGUCAAUGCCACUGUGCGACCGGGACUGCAACAUAAUUUAUGCGCGUGCGAUAGAGAUAGAAUCAUGCAGGUUAAUGUAUGAAAUUAUUCGUAAUUAGCGUCCUUAUUUAAGUUUGAAUGAAUAUAAUUGACUAGUCCAAAAGUCAACAUUGACUUUACAUUUUCGUUGCCAUUAUACCUCUUCGUCAUUAUUUCAGCGUAUCUGAGUUUGUUGUGUCUGAUUUUGUCUUUGUUCCACGGAUCUCACUUGUUUGUUUAUUGACAGAGCUUAAUUGCUUAGUUUAUUGGCAGAGUUUAUUAAUAGAUUUAGUUUUUUUUUUCAUACACCUACUUCCGGUCCUGUCUGUAGGUAUCUGUUGAAGUGAGAUGGUAUUACCUUUAUAUCCCUUUCUUACUCUAGCAGCUGUUGCAGGAUUGCAAGCAGGAUCGUGAGUACUAGGUUUAAUAAUAAUGCAAUUUAGGCGUAGUCAGAUUGUUACAACAUAAGUACGAUUUGCACUAUAAUGGCGCGUACAGAUCGAACAAACGAACGCUUGCUAUCUCGUUCUAACACAUAGCUGCUACGUUGCUGUCAUUAACCAUUCGUUUGUUUAAUGUGGACUCGCCAGUAAAUUAAUAUAACGCCACACCACUGUAAUUACUUAACACUUAGGAUAGAAUCUCAGACCCUGGUUAAGUCAUAAUCAAUGUUACAAGCUUCAAGCAUACAAUCGGGGACAUUACCAGUGAACCACGUUAAGGGCAAACAUCGUUUAAACGUCUUCCAUACGGUCAGAUAAUAUCAUAAAAGUGAUGACCAAUAGCAUGGCGCUUAAAAAUGUAGGUGUUAAAAAAAAGGUAGGUAAAGUUUAUUGCUGUUCAUUGUCUUUGUGACGGCCGGCAUUUGCAAACUAAAAUAAGAAGUCCAAAAUGCAUCCUAAUUGGUUAUCUUUAUGGGGAGGCGAAGCUUAGCCUAAACAACAACUAAUAAACUGUCCUUACUACCUUUGUUUGUCUCAUUACCAGUUUUUAACAUAUUCAUUAUUAACAUUCAGGUUAUCUUUAUGGGAGGCGGAGUUUAGCUCGCUCGUAAGGAUAAAGGUAAAAAAAAAUCUGAACUGGUUCACCGGGAAUAUCCCCGAUUGUACCUUUUAUUUCCACUCGAAAUAAGUUUUUGUCUUAAUCUUCUCAUGAACCUAAUCUAACUUCCAUUAGAUAGAAUUAUUAAUAGAAAUUGUGUGAGAUGAACUUUCUUUAAUGCAAUAAUCCGUUCUGUGUGUCGUUAUUGUCUAGAGAAGGUUUAAUUAAAAAAAAUACAUAUUAGCAAAUUAUGUUCAUUUCAAAUAGUGUAUUUUAUAAUAAAUCGCCAGGGUCUACAACGCUGACAAACAUGGCGUAAUCUUCCACCAAAAUAUAUGCUAAAAAUAAUCCUAAAAGUACAAUGAUAAAAACCUCAUUUUGAUGGUAAAUGUGGUGCAAAAUGAAUAAUAAAGUAAAUCGUUGAAGGAAUAAGAUAUAAGAUAGCUUAGGUGUUUAUUGAAUCUUAAUAUUUCUUAUAUAAUAAGAAUUGUAUGCCUUAAUCGAAACUUCAUAUCGUUAUUGUAUUAACAAUGCAAGGAAGUAAAAUUAGUGCUAUAAUAUUUAUAGGAUGUUUUGGGUUAUAGACACAGCGGCAAAAUUUUUAUACAAAAAAGUUCAAUAAAAUUAGUUGUAUAAAAAUUUUGCUUAAAAAAAGCUACUUAAAUAAUUAAUGUAUGAGCAGUUUAUGAAUAUCUGCAAAAAUAGCUUUAUACGCCUAGUUAGAAGGUUCAGUACAACUUGGUCUAUUGCCAAUUUGUUUAUUUUGCGUGAGCUUAAAGAAAGCUGUGUCUAUAAAAGGCGCCAUUCAUUUAUUACGUAAGACAAUUUUUGCCAGUUUUUUACCCCCCCCCCCCCCCCCCUCCCUCUCUAAAUCGUCUGACGUAAUAAAUGAGUGGCGCCUAACCAAAAAUUGCCUUACGACGAAAGUGGCAGGCCGCUCGAAAUCGCCUUUUCAUACAAUCGUAGUCGAUUUUUUAGUUAUUAUAAGUCGCUCCCAACUCUUAUAAUAAUUUAAAAAUCUAAAAAAGUCAAAUGAAGGCCAUAGCUCAGAUAUUUUGAUAUUAAUAUAUCAAAUUGUUAAAAGCUAUUUUCCAUAUGGCCAAUAUCCAGCGUGGACAAUGGGGACUCGACUACCUUUGUAUGAAGAAGCGGCCGUGCACUAUUCUCUUAUCUUAAUAUUAGCGCGUAGACAUUUGUACUGUAACCUGAGGCUUUCCAUUGCAAUAAUUGGAUAAUUAUAAGUAAAAUAAAAGACAUUUUAUAACAAUUUUGGAUUAUAUAAAUUUAACUAAUAUUCCUAAACUUAGCCAACCGAUGAACGGAUGCCAACAAACAGUAUAGAUUUUUAUAUAUAUUUUUAUCGUCAUUAUGGAGUUGUUUUAAUGAGAUUAAUAAGUUGCACUUUGUACGGUUUUAAAGAUACUAAGACUAAUAUACUUUAUCAUGUUACAUAAAAAAUACCAUUGAGUAUCUAAUUUAAUGUAAGGAUACAAGAUAUAUACAGUGGUACUACGUAAACGAAAUUAAUAACUAGCUUAAAUCUAAAAUAGGCCCUUGAGGCAUUGUACCAAGGAUGCUGGCGGCAUUUCCCCGCUGUAUCGCAAAAUUGAGUAUCUUAAAAACCAGAUUUCAAAAUGAAUUUGUUAUAAUUUUCGUGGCUACUUAACUAACAUAAACGUGCUUAAAUAUAUGUUUAACCCCACCAAAGAUAAUCUUGAAAAGAUAUAUGUUUUUCUUCUUUAAAAAACCUACUAUCAGUUUUCAUUGGAUUCUUAUGUACCACUUAGCUUAGCGUUCCUACUUAGCUUUUUAUGUAACAUGACCUAAAAUAUUCAAUUUAAAUGCAUUCCAAAGAUAAUUAUAUAAAAGACUGGAUUUUUGCACUUAUCCAUGCCAUUUCCAACUUCUUUACUAAUUUAAUAUACAUAUGUAAUGUAUUUCUAUCGUAUCUUAUUUCUGGUCAACUAUCUAUGUGUGGUAGCUUUUGUUGUUUGUGCUUUUUGAACUUAUUUUGAGCUUUAACAUCAAGUACAAUGGUAUAUUAAGGAUGUAAGUUAGGUAUAUUAAUAUAUAAUUUAUAGCUUGCAUAGCAUAUAUUUAUUAGCUUGUGGUGCUUGGGUACUUAUUUGUGUAGUUUAUAUUGAACUGGAUUUAAUAUUUGAAUUUGUCAUACAAAAAAAUAUGUAAAGCAAAUCUUUGAAAUCAUUCUGUGCAAUAUUAGUUAUUGGUUUGCCGGCUUAGUCAGAAUACGAACAAAUAUAUUGAUUUAAGAUAAUAUUUUAACUCCAACUACAGAGUUAAAAGAUAAGCAGAGCUACGGACGCAAAAGACAAAACUGUGAUUUCAUAACACGUAGAUUUCGUCGAGUUAACGCGCGCCACGCACACAUUCACAACUCGAGGGCGAGUGGUGAGUGGCUCAAACUCGAUCUCGAAGUAUGUGUGCGUGCGAAAUCGGCUUGACAUGAAGUCACAGUUUUGUACUAAGCGACUAACCUCUGUCUUGCUCCAACUUGUAUAAAUUGUAUAAUACUUGACUUUUACUUCAAAGGCAGCUUACAUACAUAAUUAAACGAUUAAAUCCAGUUUGUCUUUGUAUUCCAUUAUAAAUAAUUAUGAUCAUUAGAAAUGAUAAUUUGUUAAAUGAUUUUCGUAUUUUUUCUCACGUCCAGUAUUACUUUUUCUACUUAACGUAAUAAUAUAUUUGGUGUUUUCCUGUUUUUCGAUUUUUGUAUGCAUUUAAAUAAACAUAGAUUUAGCUUUGGACAAGUGUUUGUAUUUUAUUACAUUAAAGGUAGACAUCCACAGGGCCGCAUCGCACGCAUCGGACGUAUCGCACGCAACGGAUUUGAAUAUUCUUUGUAUAGGAAGUCCCACAAGUGCGUCCACUGAUCAGUUCUGUUGCGUGCGAUGUAUCCGAUGCGUGCGUUGCGGCCCUGUGGACUGCUACCUUUAUGCGUGUUUUUAUAAGUAUUUGGGCUAUAACUAUUAUUGCUAUAUUAAAUUGUUUAUGCCACGUUCUUUUUGUACUUACAAGUUUUUCUCAUAAAUAAAGAUUAAAUUACUUAUUGGC